AUGGUGAUGAACUCAAAGAGCCUUCUCAGUACAGGAAGGCUUAUAGGAAGACUACUUUAUUUGAAUUUUUCCAGACUUGAUGUUGCAUUUGUAGCCCAACAGUUGAGCCAAUUCAUAGACAGACCUACAUCAUCACACUGGAAAGCUGCUCUCCAUCUACUUCGAUAUCUUAGAGGAACAAUGAAUCAUGGUCUUGUGUUUGAUGCAGAUUCCUCACUUCAGCUAGAAGCUUAUUGUGAUGCAGAUUGGGGCACUUGCCUGGACUCUCGAAAGUCUAUAACUGGGUACUGCAUAUUUAUUGGAUCCAGUCUCAUCUCUUGGAAAGCAAAAAAGCAGCCUACUUGCCUUAAAGGUGACUAUUUCAUUGCCAAUUCCUCAACAUUGUGA